AUGAAUAUUCUCAGUUGGAACUGUCGGGGGCUUGGGAACCCCCGAGCAGCAACCGUGCUCUCGCAUCUUGUGGGAGUUAAAGUGCCCAAGAUUGUAUUUCUCAUGGAAACCAAACAAUCGGUUGAGGAGAUGAGAAGUAUAAAAGAAGAUCUACAAUACCAUGCUAUUUUUACAGUUCCUAGUCUGGGAAGGAGUGGCGGCCUGGCAAUGAUUUGGAAGGAGGAGGUAGACUUGCAUGUUCAAACCAGUUCACAGAAUCAUAUUGAUGCCAUUGUGUUUAGCAGCACGGGUCCACCGUGGAGAAUCACCGGCUUCUAUGGCCAACCGGAAGAAAACCGUCGACAUGAAACUUGGAGUUUGUUGCGGCACCUUCACUCCCGGUACUCAAUGCCUUGGGUAUGUAUUGGGGACUACAUUGAAAUCUUAUCAUCUGAUGAGAAACAAGGUAGAUUACCAAAGGCACAAGCCCUCAUGCAAGCUUUUCGUAGUGCACUGCUUCAUUGUAAUUUGACUAAUCUUUGGUAUGUUGGAAACGCCUUCACAUGGAAUAAUGGAAGACAUGGCGAUGCCUAUGUCCAACAACAACUAGACCGAGCUUGUGCAACAGUGGAAUGGAGAGAGCUUUUCCCUCAUUGCCGAGUCACACAUUUACAAGUUUCGUACCCUGAUCACGAUCCAAUUUUUCUUACCAUUAAUGCCCCAAAUAAUUAUGUCCGUAGGAAAAGAGUACCCCACAGGUUUGAGGAGAAAUGGGCAGCGCAUCCCGAGUGUGAAUGGAUUAUUCUACAAGCAUGGAACUAG